AUGGACAUCUGCAUGUCCCAGCCGUCGGUUGAUAGUGCCGCUUUCUCAUGCAAGUCGCUGGCGAAAUCGAUCGGCGAAGGCCGAACAGAAGCGCACGAGCACGAGAUUAAGUCGGAAGGUCUCGUCACGGCAUCUUGGUACUCGCCGUCCGAAGCGUCGAGCUCGUCCACGGGACCCACGCCGGUCAACAUUGACCUCGUCGCCUCGUCGGGCCUCACGGGUUCGUCCGUCGCCUCGACGCUUUCCACGUCCGGCGACUCUGCCGCUGCUGUCGCUAAAUCCGCGAAACCGGUGCCAGCUGUAGUCCACGCACCUCGCGCUCCCCGCGCCGCUGCUACACCCAUCGCCCCGCGCGCCUGCCCUCGGCCGCUCGUUCUGAUCGCGUACGACAGCGUGCUCGGCCCCGACCUGUUCGAGGCUGCCGGCGAGUUGGGGCGCGGAGGGUUCGGCACAGUGGUGGCGAUGCGGCGAGUGGAGAGCGGCGAUGUGGUGGCGGUGAAGCGCGUGGAGCGCAAGCAGCUGCUGGCGGCGUCAAAUGAGGCGAUGGUGUCGCCGUCGCUGAGCGAGUGCCCGGGCGUGGUGGGCGUGCGCGAGGUGCAUCUGGCCGACCACCACGCGUACAUGCUCUCCGAUGUGUGCCAUGGCGACGACCUCCGCGCGCUGCUGCAGCAACGCAAGGCUGCCGCAAGCAACAACACAGGGGACGCGGGGAGAGGCGAUUGGAGGAGGUGGUGGGGGAAGGCGAGCGGGGAAGGCGGGCGGGGAGCAGGAAUGGCGGAGGCGGAGGCGCUGGAAGUGGUGAAGCACGUGGGCGACGCCGUGGCGUUCUGCCACGAGCGAGGCGUGGUACACUGCGUCAUCAAGCCCGACAACAUCCUCUUCGCCGCGCCCAUGCCCCUCUCCGCGCCCCUGCCUUCCUCCACCGCCGCUGCUCCUGCUGCGCCUGCGCGCGGCUCUCCUACCGCAAUCAGCCUCUCCGCGCCCGUCUCCUCAGCGCGCACCUCCCCCCGCCUGGCCGCGGGGGCAGUGCGGCUGGCGGACUUUGGGUUGGCGCAGAUGGUGGCACAGGGGCAGCGCUGCACCAUUCCCGCAGGCACGCCCGGGUACGUGGCGCCUGAGGUGGAGGGUCUCUGCCGCCCUCGCUGCCCGCCCGCCCCGGGCGCCGCCAAGCACGCCAGAAAAGCAGCGGGUAGAGCAGCGGCAGGAAGCGCAGAGGUAGCGGGGUAUGGGCGUGCAGCUGACGUGUGGUCGCUGGGGGUGACGCUGUACGAGAUGAUUGCGGGCGAGCGGCCGUACUCAGGGGAGGCGCCCCAGCAGGGCGGGUGGCGGGCGCCUGUGGAUGGGGCUGUGUGGGAGGGCGUGUCGGAGGAAUGUCGCGCGUUGGUGAGCGGCAUGCUGAGAGUGCCCGCGGAGGAGAGGCUCACCAUGGCGCACGUGUGCAACCACCCCGCCAUGAUCCACGCCUUCGGGGGCAGCGGGGGUAGCAGCACGGGGAAGAGCAGCAGUGAGAGGUGGUGGUGA